AUGUCACCAACAGCAUCAGCAACCGCUGCCGUACCCACAUUGACGCAAAGUGGAGCACGAGUCGCUCUACAAGCCGCGGAGCAGCAUGCGAUCGAAGUCGGUGUUCCGAUGAGCAUCGCCGUAGUUGACGCGCACACACACCUUUUAGCCUUCACGCGCAUGGACUCGGCGAAAAUAACGUCCAUCAACACCGCCAUGGACAUGGCCUUCACUGCCGCUGGCAAUCGCAUCCCGACCUCCGCAUACCAAGAAACACCCUGGCCAGGCAGCGCAACCUCGGGCAUUGGCAACACAAUCAUGGGACGCUUCACUACGCUGGGCGGUGGUGUACCUAUCCUGUCAGCAGCGGGCGACAUACUCGGGGCUAUAGGCUGCUCGACGGGCACAAGCAUGCAAGACGAGGCUGCAGCAAAGGCCGGCAGAGACGCCGUACUGGACGUCAUCAAGAAAGAGAAAGAAGCCGAGGAGACGAGACUACACGAGGAGAGGCAAGCAGUGCUGACACUAUGGAAAGAGAAGGAAGAAGAAGUAGGAAACUUGAGAGAGGAGCUCGAAGGCAUGGAUAGAGGAAGCAAGAGGAUGAGGUUCGACGGCGGAAGGAGUGGAAGUGUCAGCGUUGCUGGCAGUCUGAUGGGACGACGAGCGAGUACACAAGCAGGACUAGCACCAGAUACCCCGCCAGAAGAUGGCGAGCUGCUUCCGAGUUUUGUGGGGGAGGUGUCGGUGGGGCGUUAUUGA